AUGGUGCAAGACUACACUUUUAUUGAUGCUCUUCCUUUCAUGGAGAGUUGUCUUCCUUCGCUCGAUAUUCAACCAAUCCGCCUAUUUCCAGGAGAUGAUUUUUCCUUUGGAGAUAAUGGAAAUGAGACUGAGAAUGGAGUUAACAGUGAGUUGUUCGCUUCUGGAGAACAUGUGGGUGAAGAGAGGGAGAGGAAGAGGAAGAGGCGGUGCAUGAGAAUUGAUCAUGAAGUGAAAAGUGGUAGUAGUACUAGAAGCUAUUCAUCGUCGAGAUUAUUGUCUAGGGAAACAAUCUCCCCGUACUUUUACAUGCCUAUAACUCAGGCAGCGAAGGAACUGAAUAUAGGCUUGACCCUUUUGAAGAAAAGGUGCCGGGAGUUGGGUAUUCGUCGUUGGCCUCAUCGGAAACUCACCAGCCUCCAAACCCUAAUCCGGAACAUUCAGGAGUUGGGAAAGGAAGAAGAGGAGAACGAAGAGAAGCUUCGGAAUGCGAUCGAGUUGUUGGAGAGGGAGAAGAAGUUGAUGGAGGAAGCUCCUGAUAUGCAACUGGAGGAUAAUACCAAGCGGUUGAGACAGGCUUGUUUUAAGGCCAACUACAAGAAGAGAAAGAUCAUGGGGAAGAAUCUGAUUGAUUAUCCACCCCAUUCUUCUAAUUUCAGCACCAUUGAUACUCGUGGAGGCAAGUCCAUCGCUAUUCUUGACAAUCGAGGAGACGAGGAAGACGAAGAGAUUAAGUCACUUUUAUCUGACUCCUUCUCAUCUUCCUCUAGCAUGAUGAUAUAA